AUGUUGAAAAAACGGCUCCGUCAUCAUGCACCUUUUCCCCGAGGGCACUCUCACAUACACACAAAAAAGCGACUAACAACAAAGCCAAUCGUUCUAACGGGCCCGUGCUCCGACGAACAAAAAAAAACGUUUCUGAUCGAGAUGGCAAGGGGUGGGAUGAAAGGAAUGAAUGGACUGACUAGAGUUGAGUGGAAAAAAGGAAGAAGAAUUCCUACAACGACAACUACAGUAACCUAA